AUGCCACCACCCCCUCCACCACCCUCAAGGCGCGACGCCGGCAAGGCCUCGGCCGCCUCCAAAGAAGAGAACAUCUACAUCCCAUCCUUCAUCAGCAAGCGGCCCUUCUACGCGGGCGAAGAAGGCGACGCCACCGACUACCUGGAGCAUCAGCGCGCCAAGGCGAAAGAAGAGCAAUCGCUGGCCGCGAGCCGCAUCAAGAAGGUCGGUCCGGCUGCGACUAAGUUCCGCAAGGGCGCAUGCGAAAACUGCGGCGCAAUGGGUCACAAAGCGAAGGACUGUCUGGAGCGGCCGCGGGCAAAAGGCGCACGAUGGACGGGGAAGGACAUCCAAGCCGAUCGGGCGAUCCAGGAGGCGUCUUUGGGGUGGGACGCGAAGCGCGAUCGGUGGAGCGGGUACGAUCCUAAGGAGUAUCGGCAAGUGAUGGAGCGUUAUAAUCAGAUGGAUGAGCUGCGCAACCAGCUACAGGAUAAGAAGGGUAAACCUGAGGACGAUGGGGAUGAAGAUAAGGAUGCGGGGGAGAAAUACGCCGAGGAGUCGGAUAUGGGACGGCAUCAGAGCACGGCAACGCGGCAGCUCAGAAUACGAGAGGACACGGCGAAGUAUCUGCUAAAUUUGGACCUGGAGUCGGCCAAGUACGAUCCGAAAACGAGGACAAUGGUGGACGCGGGCGCGACAGCAGACAAGGCCGCUGAACUCUUUGCCGAGGAGGGCUUCUUGCGAGCAUCUGGUGAUGCGGCGGAGUUCGAGCAAGCCACGCGAUACGCAUGGGAGGCACAGGAGAAGAUGGGCGACACGACGCAACAUCUACAAGCCAACCCGACAGCAGGCGAGUUCUAUCGUAAAAAGGAGCGAGAAGAAGCCGAGAAGAAGCGGGAUGAACGGCUCAAGUUAUUACAAGACAAAUAUGGCGGGGACCAGCACACGAUGCCCGCCGCUCUCCGGGACGUCGCCGUCACCGAAAACGAGACCUUCGUCGAGUACGACGAUGCGGGACUGAUUAAGGGGGCACCCAAGGCACCCGCGAAGUCCAAAUACGCCGAGGACGUGCAUGUCAACAACCACACGUCGGUGUGGGGCAGCUGGUGGUCGAAUUUCAGAUGGGGCUAUGCUUGCUGCCACUCAUUCAUCAAGAACAGCUACUGCACGGGAGAAGAGGGCAAAGAGGCAUGGGAAGCGGCCGAGAAGCAGAGGACCGGUGUCGGUCUCAUAGAAGAUGUGCCGGCCGAGCAGAGGGAUGCACCCGAGGCACGGCCUGUGGAAGCGGCAAAGCCAGUGGCCAAGAAGCGUACGGCUGAGGAGAUGAUGGAGGAAGAAAUGGAGGAAUACAGGAGAAAGCGAACAGCAGCAGACGACCCCAUGGCAAAAUUCCUUGGGAAGGAUGAUAGCUAG